CACACACUGUCCCCAGCCUUGUGGGGCCUUUCAGGGAAUGGGAAGCCACCGUCUAGUGACGUCUCCACUCAGCCUGCCCUGCAGGUCUCAGGUCUGGCUGGGGCUGAUGGGGGCUGGGAGCCUGUCCACCACCAAGGUCAGGCCUGCACUCCCUGGGCCGAGGCUGGGACGGUGGACAGGACCAGUCCCCAAGGCACGUGGCAAGGGGUGCUGCGCACAUGAUGGCCAGGACCCUCAAGAGGCCUCCAGCAGGUUGGCAGGAUGGUGCGGGUGGGGCUGGUGCCACAGGUUUCAGGGAGUGGAGCAGGAUGGCCCAGGAGUUGCCUGGCCCACUGAGUCACCUCCCAGCCUAGGUCGGACAUUUUUCUGCUGCCUUUCCCUGGGCUGGGCUUUGUGGAGGAGGGGGCCUGGAUCAGGCCUUGAAGGCAGUGCCAGGAACGGGCUAGAGGAGGGGCCCAAAUGCCUGAGUGUGUCUGGUAAGGCCGGCGGGCAUGCACUUGGCUCUGGGAUGCCAGGGCAGGGAGUGUGCGGGGAGCUGGCAUUUCCAGAGCAGGGCAGACACGGCACUGUGUGGAGGCGGAAGCCGAGCUGGCCUCACAGGACAGACAGGUCCUCCUGUGGCCAGCUGUCCCCGACACAUCACGGCUGGUCACACAGCAGGGAAGGGCGCUGUGUGGUGUGCAGUCCCAGGAGUGGGAUGGGCAAGUCCCUGCUGGACUCCUGGCCGAGCUCUGGGGCCACCCCGCCCAGCCUGAGACGUAAACCUGUCUGACCAGUCCUGCAGGCCGACGGGGUGCGCGCACGCAGUUUGUGCGUGUUCGUGCAUGACCACUCUGCCCUAGGCUUCCCCUUGGGCCUGUGGAGGGGUCCCGAGGCCCUGCCAGCCUGUCCCCAUCCCAUGGGUCUCCCAGGUCUUCCCAGAGCGCUGGGCCUCCUGGCCGCACAUCCCACAGUCAUAGCUCCCUGGCUGGCCAGGAGCCCACAGAUGCUCAGUGGGAGGGCCCUUGUGAGUGAGGGAACUGGGACACCACACACAGUACGUGAGCGCCACCUUGGGGCCAGGAUGGGAACACCACAGGCCCAGAUGAGUGCAUUCCGAGCCACCCUGGCAGGGACAGGCCCAGGUGGAAGAGAAGGCCUGCCGCAGAGGGGCAGGGCUCUGCGCCAGCGGGUCAGGCCGCCUUCCUGGAGCAGGUGAUGUGAGCUAGGGCUGCAGGGUGGGCGCUGCCCACCAAUGCAGGAUGAGUGGAUGGCACAGACAUGGAAGGGAGGAAGGGGUGCCUUUAACUUUUCUCUGAAGUUGUGGAAAUGGAACCCAGGGCCUUCUACAUGCUAGGCAAGCGCUCUACAACUUAUUUUUUUGGGGGGGCGCGCGUCUCACUCAUGUAGUGAAGACAGGCCUGAACACACUGUAUAGCUCAGGCUGAUCUUAAACUUGCAGUGAUCCUUCUGCCUCAGCCUCCCCAGCGCCGGGACUGUAGGUAUGCAGCACCGUGCACCCUUCAGGCCUGUGUUUUGAGACAGCGUCUCCUAAAUUGCCUAAGCUGAGCUCGAAACUGAGAUCUUCCUGUCAGCCUCCUGAGUAGCUGGGAUGACCAGCAUGGGCCACCCACCUUGCCCAACAGAAGGAAACUUUGGGGGCAGCGAGGCCAGGCCUGGGUGGGGCUGGGGGAGGGGUCACCUUAUCUCCUGCUGAGCGUGCGGUGUGAGAUCCAGUUGCACUGCGUGUGGCUGAAAGGGGAGCCCACUCCGCAGCCCAGCUGCCACCUGCCUCCUGCUGCCUGGCCCAUGUAGGCAGUAAUGCGAGCCCAGGGAGGGCGCCCCAGGGCCCUGCCCCCCUGUUCCAGCCACCUUCUGGCUGGGCAUAGCUGCCCAGAGGAUCGGAUGCAGCGGUAGGCAGUGUGGCCUGUGGCCCGAGCCACUGUUCCUGACCACCUUCCUGCCCGGGAUGUUGCAACCUGAGGGGUCGUGUGCCUUGGAGGAAGGGGCGGCCCCCACAGCUCGGAGGAACGACUGCAUCGUCUGCUACUCGGCCUACGACCUCACUGGGCACUUGCCCCGCCGCCUCUACUGCGGCCACACCUUCUGCCAGGCGUGCGUGCGGCGGCUGGAUGCUGUGGCCCACGAGCAGCGCUGGAUCCCCUGCCCACAGUGCCGCCAGAGCACGCCCACGCCACGCGGAGGGGUGGCCAUGCUGGACCUGGACCUGGCCGCUUUCUUGGCUGUCAAGGCAGAGCGGGAGCCAGUGAGAGCAGAGCCCUGGGUCCCUGCACCCCUCAAGGUCGAGGCUGCGGUCACUGAGCAGCCGCCUGCGCUCUGCCCUACCCUGGGCGCCCAGCCUCACUUCCCCCGGCCCCGACGCUGCUGUGGCUGCGGCUGUGGCAGUUUAUGCUGGGGGCUCCCCGGCAGCCCUGAGGUCUGAGCCUUGACCACCCUUGCAGCU